AUGUCGGAAAAAGGAAAUUGGAAGAUGGAGUUUGACAUGACAGAGGGUGUCACACCACGAGGAAGAGCGGCAGGGGACGCCAAGAAAAAGGCGAUGCUGGAAUCCAUGAAGCAGGAGUUGAAGCUCAAAGCAGGGAAGGCUCUGUCGAAGCUGGUGGAUAGAGACACACAGAGCAACGGUCUUGCUGAGUUCCACAAGAUCUGUGACGAUCUCAAGCCUGAGUUCGUGAGCUCCAUCCUGUCGCUCCUCUUCGAGUUUGACGGCGGCAAGAGUGCCUGGGCUCGUGCUCAAGGAGCUCGCCUCUUUGCCACGGUCGCCAAGCUUCACUUCAACAUGAUCCAGGGAAGCCUCGGCAGAAUCGUCUCCUUCCUGUGCAAGAAGAUGAGGGACACGGAUGCAAACGUGCGGGAAGCUUGUGCUGAAACCGUCGGCGAACUCUCCCGGCUGCUCAAUUCCAGCGAACCGUUCGAGAGGAAGCUGGAGGAGACCAUGGACAUGGACAGCUCCACCAUGAACGACGCUCCCACCCUCGGGCUCUUCUUCCGCCCCAUCCUCCAGUCGCUCGAGUCUGCCGACCCCAACGCCCAGCAGGGCUGUUCGCUUGCCUUUGCCCACGUCAUCUUCAACUGCGGGAGCCAGCUUCACCCCCACCUCGAGAAGCUGUCGAAGAGGAUCCUAGCUCUGAUGGACAACAACCAGUUCCAAGGCAAGCCGCAGCUGCUGAUCGCCAUCGCCAACCUGAUCGAGGUCUGCCCCGACGGCCUCCUCCCGUUCAUGCCCCUGUACUUCGCAAGGAUUCGAGCCUCCUGCAGCUCGCAGGACUGGAACACGAGGAAAUCUGCGAUCGAGACGCUGGAAGCCAUGUUCACGAGGUACGAGCCAGCACAGAUCAUGGACUACAAGAACAGCAUCUUUGAGCUCCUCGACAAGUGCAGGUACGACAGGCAGCCGCCAGUUCGAGAAGUCGCCGCCCAGGCUCUGCAGCAAAUCUCCAAGAUCGAGGGCCUGUCCAGAGAUGGAGGAGGGAGCAAGAAGGAUGACGAUUGGGAUGUAGCCGAGGCAGACGAUCUGGAGAAUCAGGAUCCCUUCCCUCAGGCCAGCAUGGAAGACUUGUCUCUGAGCCGCUCCAGCAGGACCCCUCUCCAGAGCAUUCAGGCUUCUUCCAUCAAGGCCGAGCUCAGCAAGCCCGACAUGAGCAUGGAGCAGAACACGCGUGCCAAGCCUGCCAACGUGCUGAGCGCGACGUGGGGAAGCGCGGCGCCAGCGCAGGGGUACGUCCCGUCCAAGGAGGCAUGGGACCAGUUGCUGGUGCACUUCGAUCGCAUCACCCAGCAGCAGACCCAGCUGAUCGAGAUGGUAUCCGGGUUCAGCGAGCAGGCAAGGGAGCGGCUUGAGACUCUGGAGCAGAAAGUCUUCUCGCUGGACCUGAGGAUGUCUUCCAUCGACCACCGCCAGAGCCUCUCCGGCAUGCCGCCCACCCCUGCUCGCGCCAUCGGAACUCCGUCAAAGAACUUCGCCUGCACGCCGUCACGGGGCAUCUCCACUCCGAUGAACACUUGCCAUGAGAACGCGGGAGGCUGGGAUGACGUUGAUGUCUUCUGA